AAGUCCAUCUGGCCAUGCAAUGGGCUCAUCGUGUGUCUGGUAUGUCAUGGUGACAGCUGCCCUUAGCCACACUGUCAGCCGAGUGGACAAGCUCUCCAUUACUCUCCACAGAUUGACCUGGUCAUUUCUUUGGAGUCUUUUCUGGUUGAUUCAAAUCAGUGUCUGCAUCUCCAGAGUUUUCAUAGCAACACACUUCCCUCAUCAAGUUAUUCUGGGAGUCAUUGGUGGCAUGCUGGUGGCAGAAGCCUUUGAGCACACUCCGGGUAUUCACACGGCCAGCCUGAGCACAUACCUGAAGACCAACCUCUUCCUCUUCGUGUUUGCACUUGGCUUCUAUCUGCUUCUCAGACUGCUCGACAUCGAUUUGCUAUGGUCUGUGCCCAUAGCUAAGAAGUGGUGUGCCAACCCGGACUGGAUCCAUAUUGACACUACACCUUUUGCCGGACUUGUGAGAAACCUUGGGAUCCUCUUUGGCUUGGGUUUUGCAAUCAACUCGGAGAUGUUUCUUAUCAGCUGCCGAGGGGAAAAUGGCUACAAACUGAGCUUCCGGUUGCUCUGUGCCGUGACCUCAUUGACCACGUUGCAGCUGUACCAUUUCAUCAAGAUCCCCACCCAUACAGAGCAUUUAUUUUAUGUGCUAUCUUUCUGUAAAAGUGCAUCAAUCCCACUGACAGUGGUGGCUCUGAUUCCCUACUGUAUACAUAUGUUAAUGAAACCGAGUGAAAAGAAGAUUAAAUAGAGUUGUGCAAAGUUAGGGCUCUGUGGUCCUAGAAUCACCCUGGUCCUCUGUCCCCCA